UGGAGGUAAGACAGGCAGAAAGAGGGCUCUUCCUGAGUUGAGCUGCUCGCUGUGUGGGGCUGUUCUCUGCUUCCUCCAUUCCCAAACUAUGGAUUAAACCCACUCUACUCAUUUCUCUCUACGAACAUCUGAGCUACAAUGGAGCAGAUGAGCGACCAGGACAGCAGCGCCUCCGCCUCUCAGACAGAGGGAGAGUUUGAUGGAGAGAUGGACGGAGAGGUGGAGAGUGAAGAAAAAAGAGACGACAGACACAGCGACAGUUCAGCGCCCAGCCUGUCCAGCUUCUCCUCGUCUCUGCGCGCCGUCAUUCGCAUCAAACAGAAGUACCAGGCCAUGAAGAAGCGGCGUCAGGAGCUGGCCCUUGGGCUGGGGGGAGCAGGGACCCUCACGGGAGCCCCGGCGCGAACCAGCCCCAAAAUCUUCACCUUCGACGGACUCACCCCCUCGGCCUUCCCCACCCUGUCGUCCGCCGCUCCUCCGAAGAAGAAGAGGAGGAGGAGGAAACGGGUGUUGUUUCCCAACAGCGGGGGGCGCAGGUGCCCUCCGAAGCAAGAGCGCAGCCGAGCCAAGUAUUGCCUUUACCUGCUCUUUGCCAUCGUCUUCGUCCAGGUGUACAAUGCCAUAGAGAACCUAGAUGACCAUGUUCUCAGGUAUGACCUGGAGGGGCUGGAGAAGACGCUGAGGAGGGAGGUGUUUGGGCAGCAGGGAGCAGUGGAGGGUCUGCUGUCCCACCUGAAGGACUACCUGUCCACCUAUGUCCACAACAAGCCCCUGGUGGUGUCCCUGCACGGCCCCAGCGGUGUGGGCAAGAGCCACCUGGGACGCCUCUUGGCUGGACACUUCCGCUCCGUGGUCGGGGAGACGCUGGUGCUUCAGUACUACGUCCUUCACCACUGUCCCCAAGAGGCCAACGCCCUGCAUUGUGCCCGCAACCUCUCCGCCAUCAUCUCAGAGAUGGUUGAACGAGCCGAGGACGAGGAGAAAAUCCCGCUCUUCAUCUUCGACGAGGCCGAACACAUGCACGGCGAGAUCCUGGACGCGCUGUGGCAACUCGUGGCCUCCAGACAGUCCAACGAAUACCUGAACGCUAUCUACCUGUUCCUGAGCAAUCUGGGUCAUGCACACAUCACCAAACAUAUGCUGCACAACUCCUCAAGUAUUUCUCUGGCAAUGUCUGCGUCUGGUCGUCAUAGUAACCUAGUAAAAGAGCUGACUCCAAUAUUACGCAACACUCUGGAGAAGCUUCACGUACUGUGGACAGAGGCUGACAUCUUACCUCUGGGCCUUCUGGAGAAAGGUCACGUGAUGGAGUGCUUCCUGGAUGAAAUGACUCGAGAGGGGUUCUACCCGGAUCAUACCAACAUAGAGCGUCUCGCAGGGGAGAUAGAAUACUACCCUGUGGUAGGAGGGCAUGAAUAUUCCAUGACAGGCUGCAAGCAGGUGGUGGCUAAGGUCAAUCUGCUGUGAAACCCUUUGCAGGAAAUGUCUGGAUGUUUCACAUUCUUUAAACCACGAAGAAACAGAGUGUGAGAAGUGAAUGAGGGUUUAUGGUUGUGAAACUUGAGUGACACAACUCAGACCCAAAGUUUCAAGAGCAUGUUUUUCAGACUGAAAAAAGAGAAGUCUGUUCACAGACAAAGGAUGCUGAAGCUGUUCGUCUCUGCUGUGGGAAAUUGCGUAAAUCCUGUGAAGAGCUUUGAAAAUGGCAAGUCCACAAACAGUCCUUAAAGGGUCGGUUUAGAUUAUGAAAAACCUCUUGCAAUAUCUGACCAUUCAGAUAGUUUGUUAUAGCUGACCAGAUUUUGAGAUAUCCACCGUUGUCAACAGUUUUUGUAAGGUGCAUUAAAUAUUCAGAGUGACCUGUGGAAAGACACACUGACACAAAGACUUUUUAGCCAUGCUAGUCGUAGGGUGCUUGGGAUGGCAAUGCUGUUUAGCCGAGGGUCGACCACCUUGGAUCCAGACUGAAAUAUAUCAGAAACAACUGGAAAGCUGGCAUCAAAGUCUGUACAUUCAUGGUCCCCAGAGGAUGAAUCCUCAUGACUUAUGUGAUCAUUUGACUUUUCAUCUAGUGCCACGCAGCAAUUGGUUGGAUUGUCAUGAAAUUAGGGUCCAAAAAUAAUAUUCAAGGUCCUGAGAGGAUGAAUCUUCAUGACCGAAAUUUUUUUCUUCCAGCCCUACAAGCAAGUUUAUAUUUUUAGUUCUGAGUGAAUAAUCUCAUUAAGUUUUUGAUGGAUAGUCAGAACGUUUGGUUCAAGCAUUCAUGUUCAUGCACUGAACGUGCAAAACUGACAUUAUGGCAUUCCAGUCAGCCUCAACUGUGCUUUGUGUCUUACGCUAAUUUGCAAAUGUUAGCAUGGUAACACCCUACACUAUGUUCAACAUGGCAAACAUGGCUAUUCAUCAGCAUGCUAGCGUUGUCAUUUUGAUUACAUCUGCACGCUGCUGUUAGCAUCUAGCUCAAAUGACAACUGAGGUCAAGUACAGCCUCACAAAGAUGCUAGCAUGGCUGUGGACUCUAGUCUUUAAAACCCUGGACAAAUAAAAUCAAAACUAUCUAAAUGGUUAGAUACCGCCAGAGGUAUCUGAGGUAAGUUCACGGUUUGAGUGGACUGUCCCCGAAACCUCUUUAACCUCCUUUACAUCACAACUACUUUAUCAGGCAGCUCAAUCAGGCAGAGCAGGAAAUGAGUAAGACCAAUACUAAUUCAUUUAGAUCAGUUCAGAUAUUCAUAACGUGGCAGUUACUAACACACAUUUUCGAAUGAUUUUGUGAGAAAAGUCAAAUGUAGGACAGCUUUUAUUAAUGCUUGUGCAAGUCAGCAGAUUCUGUAGAUAUUUCUGCAGAAUCAGUGUAUAACCUGUGGAUUUACUGAAAUAUUAUACGCUAUGAAAACUGUAAUAAGAUUUAAGUACUUGAUUCUGCCUUGGACCUGUAGAUGCUAGUAGCUGCUAAUCACUAGUUUUAGCUGUGAACUGAGUAGGAGGAUGAAUCUUGUCUGCACACACAGCAUCUCUCUGAGAACAUGUGAUCCCUGACAGGUUUAUUUAUUAAAGGAAGAUAUGUUUUCAUGGAUAAACUACAUGUUCACAUCCAAGCUAACUGAACUCAACGUCAACACAGCCUAGACAGAAACAAGGAAGUGGAUUUUCACUUCUGUCCCAUCCCACUCCCACAAAAAUACUCAUGUCCCAUCCCAACCCCAGAAGAAUGACUCCUGUCCACGCAUGUGUCCGAAUUUUGCUUUGGGAGUGUUAUGUGUGUGUGUGUGUGUGUGUGGGGGGGGGGGUUAUUGAUUUUUAAUGUUUUGUUUUUUUAUGUUCUCACUAUCCUUUUCAGAUUACUUUUAGGCAGAGUUUGAAAGAGUACUAUAUUAUUAUAUUAGUAAAAGUACUAAAGAAGUUACUACUUACUAUUUCUAUUACUGCUCAGUAAUUAAGUUAAAAUGUACUCUUUCUUUAAUCAUUGUGUUCAUGUGUUGGGGGGCUGUCUGAAGAUAAAUCAUGCUACUGAAACUGCAUUCAAUGACAAUCCAACAACACUAGUGUAACAACAUUACACCACCGAGCCCUGAUGUCUAAACCAACAAUAAAUUCCAUUUGUACAGACGGA